AUGAAAUUCGGUCCUGUGCCGGUCCCGCGUCAGUCGCGCACUGACACCGCUCUGUCCCGGCGCCGGCCCCGCAUCGGCCCCGCGCCGACCCCAUGUCGGCUUCGCGUGGAGGACGACGCCGCACAAAGCACUCGUCGCGAGAGAUGUACAAUAUGUAUAGAUGUCGACACGUCAAGUUCAAGUCGAACCAUCACAGAGAGUGGCGCUCUUGCAGCUGGGGAUGCGCCGCGCCCGACGUCGCCUUUACUUUUAAGCGAUCAGUCCGCGUCUUUUAUACAGGUAGUGGUGCAAAAACACCGCCGCACUGAGCCGACGGGCUCGCGCUUGCCCGCCGCUUCUAGCCCUGCCGUCGGACCGCCCACUGCGGCCAUUUUCACACCCACAUUUCCAAAGACUGUGCAUGAGAAUGGCAAUGUCCCUGCAGCUGUCCUGUUAGCUUGUCCGGCUUUUACCGCACUUAACCAGCAAUCGUGGGACAAAGUUCUUUCAUGUGUUAAUGAAACGAGAGCUUCUGAAGCGUUUAAUCGCGCGGCAGAUCCGGAGCGAAUCGAGGUGUACAGCUUUGAGGGCGGCACGGAGUACCUGUGGGCGCGCGCAUCGCCGACCACGCGCGUGGAGCGUGCCGCCCGCCGCGUGGCGCGCCCCGCCGCCGCGAUGCUGCGCGAGCUGCUUGCCGUGCCGCGCGUGCUCUUCAGCGCCGUUGUUGCCGUAGUCAUACAAUUAGAAAGGUGUGUGCUGGAGAGCGUGCGCGGCGCGGUGUGCGGCGCCGUGGCGGCGGCGGCGGACGCGGCGGUGGUGCCGGCGCUGGCGCAGGCGCACGCCGCCGCGCGCCCCGCGCUGCUGUGCGCCGCGCACGCCACCGCCGCGCUGCGCCGCGCCGCGCGCCCGCUCGCCGCCGCGCUUGGCGACGCGCUCGAGCCGCUUGCGCACCUGCUCGCCUCGCUGCGCCUCGUGCACGUCGAGCGCGCCUGCGCAUGCGCCCACCACGCCCCCCGCGCGGCCCCCACGCACCGACACCAGUGCACGCAAGUU